AUGCCGUAAAGCGUGUUGUACAAGAUGGCAGCUUUGUUGAAUAUGUAGUGAAAUACUUCGUCCGGUGAAAACCGUUCAUUUUGUUUUUCUUGUACAGCCUGUUUUAGUGGACUAUCAACGGGAAAUUAAAGCGGAAGUGUUGUCUAAAGACAGGAGACGGUUUGGACCUGAAGACAAGAUGUGUUUCAUUUAAUAAGAAGGAUGGCUGUGUGUUCCCGUCUCUCUCUCCUCACGUCUCUGACUGCUACGUGUUCCUCGAGGCGAGGAUGGAGGAACCUGAGUCUGUUCUCUGCUCCGUCUCCGUCCAGCUGGAGUAAAGUGGUGUCUGAUGCGGAGAAGAUCGUGGGAUAUCCGACGUCCUUCAUGAGUCUGCGCUGCCUGCUGAGUGACGAGCUGAGCAACGUCGCCAUGCACGUGCGCAAACUGGUGGGAACCAAACACCCGCUGCUCAACACCGCCAGGGGGUUUGUGUAUGACAGUAAACACAAUCUACAGAUGCGCGGUCUGGUGGUGUUGUUGAUGUCUAAAGCAGCAGGACAGAGCGGCUCAGCGUCUGAUGCUCUUUUGCCCGACAUGAUCAGCGGAAUUUACCCCAGUCAGCGUAGCCUGGCCGAGAUCACUGAGCUGAUCCAUACAGCGUUCCUGGUGCAUCGUGGGAUUGUGAAUUUAAAGGAGUGGACCUUCUCAGAUGGGCCUCUCAAGGACAUGCAGUUCGGGAACAAGAUGGCCGUCCUGAGCGGUGACUUCCUGCUGGCCAAUGCCUGCACGGGAUUGGCUCAGCUGAACAACACCAAGGUGGUGGAGCUGGUAUCCAGUGCCAUUGGAGACCUGGUGCAGGGCGUCUACUACGAACACUCCACCUGUACUGAGGAGGGAAAGCCGUGUGUGGCGUCGUGGGAGGAGCAGACGUUCCUCUCCCAUGGUGCACUGCUGGCGAAGAGCUGCCAGGCGGCCAUGGAGUUGGCGAGACACGACGCAGAGGCUCAGACUCUGGCUUAUGAGUACGGAAAACACCUGGCUCUCGCACACAAGCUGAAUUCAGACCUGCAGCCCUUCCUGAAGCGUGGUUCCGACCCGGUCGUCUUCUCUCUGGACUCGGCUCCUGUGGUUUUCCACCGGCUGACAGUCGGACAGGAGAUUUGGACUCGGCAGCUACAGCAGGCCCAGAACUCCACAACACACACGGAUUACUCCAAGCUGUGGACUGGGAUUAGAUCUGGAGGUGGAGUGAAGCAGGCUGUAGAUCUCUGCACUCAGCACGGAAACACUGCACUUGAGGCCAUCCUGCGCUUCCCUCCAUCUGAGGCUCGUUCAGCUCUCGAGAACAUCGCUGGUGCCGUCACCAGGUUCUGACCCGGGAACCAGUCUAGGUCUGGAGUCUGAGCUCCGUCAUCCUCACCUGAGCCGGGCCGAACUUCUGGAAUCGACACCGUCUCUCUUUCCAUCGACUCCAUCUGGGACAGAGCUGGCUGAGAGGAACAGCAGAUGGGUGUAAGAACCACCGGAUGAUUUCACCAGGAUUUGAUGCCUACUUCUGAAGGCAUCACCAUAGCAACAGUGACGACAGAGACAACGUUGAGAGUGUGGAUCCGCUAGCACAGACGUUGCAUUAGCUCCGGUUAGGUUUAUCCUAACGACAAAACUCUCACACUGUUCAUGUUGUGUGUUACUUUGGUUGCCAUGGCAAUAAAAUGUGAUGCUCCGGU